CUUUAUUUCAGGAUCGAUCCGCCCAACCCUACUCAAUAUGAUUUUAAAUAUUCGAAAUAAUACAAAACAGUUGAAGAUAUGUCAUAUAUAUAUAUAUAUAUAUAUAUAUAUAUAUAUAACACAUUAUAAGAUAUGUCAAGCUCCAGGAUAUUUUAUUCUGUAGAAAUUGUGAGUGGAAAAGAGGCGGAUAUUGUUGCUGGGGGUCCUUUCAGUCAAAGUGAGAUCCAAGUUAUAGCAGAGAAAACAAUGUGGAGGAUAUACUAUAACUGUAUCAAUUUUCUAAAUAUCAAACGGAAAACCAGCUGUUUAUCAUACGAUUCACUCAAAUGGAAUAAAGUCCACCAAACCAAUGCGGGGCGCUAAGAGAAGAGACGAGCAAGAUAUAUGUUUGUAUCCGGGGGAGAUACUGUAAACUCGAAUGAUCGUAAAGCAGUUUCACAAACCUCUAUAUUCAAACCAUUUUGAUCAUUUUCUGUGAGAUCUGCUCUGCAGGGAUCGUUUUCAUAAGGUGUCCUCAAGGCGACAGAACAAUGUCAGAAGCCCUCUUCCUCACAUUCCAGUCUCAGCUCUCCGUUGUCAUGGAGACCGUCCUCAAAUCAGCCAUGUUUGAGAUCACCAGGCUGGUAGAGGACAGCUUCCUGGAGGAAGUGGGUCAUCGUAAACAAGAGGUAGAAGUGUUGAGGCGGAGGCUGCAGUUGUCUGAGAGCAAACUGAGACAGAAAGAAUAUGAACAGGGGAGGAAAAUACAUUGCCUAGACUGUGGAUGUUGCCGAAAGGGGGCCAGCAGCAACAAAGACAUCCAGUCUGUGGAGACGAUCCAUGGCCCAAUCCUGAGAGACCAGUCAACCAACGAGCCACCGUCGACCCAACCUAAAAUACACACCGCAUCACACCCACAUUCUAUAGACAAGCAUGAAGUACACAGGCAGAGUGUGAAAGAUAUCACCACACCUAACUCCAAUAUACAGAUUCCUCAGGACGUAUUGCAAAGACUUCUGGGUAACGCACCAGUUCAGAGUGAGUCCACCAGUGAGGAUAAACCAAGAGUGCGAGACAAAUCUGAACAUGACUGUACACUUGAUAAGGACAUGAGCUCAAAUCACUCAAGACUGUUACACAGUCCUUUGGCUCAGGAGGCUUUGGAACCAUCUUCACCAAAGAAAGUAAAAUCAGAGACAGAACCGAAACUUCUCCCUGUCAAGGAAGAGGAAGAGAUGGUUCCGGUGUGGGAAGGCGUCAACAGGGAUGAUGUUUGCCAUGAAGAAAUGGCUGAUCCGAGUCACGGAGAGCUCAGUGGAUCUUGUGAUCAGGAAGAGAUACAGGUAGACAGCUUUCCAGAUCUAAACUCUCUCGACAUGCCAGAUGCCACCUCAUUUUUCACACCCUAUUCAGUCAACACAUUGGUACAUCAAGGUAUUAGGGCACAACAUAGUCAAUUAAGCACAACAGAUCUUGGGCUAUCCAGCAUACCAGUGAGUUCAAAUUUGUUUGUCCAACAAGAAAAUGGACAAAAUUUUACAAGGGCAGACGUAUCUGAAAGUUCUGCCUUUUAUUCUCACAGUGUUGUUUGUCCGGGUGAGAAAAUAAUCAGCCGUGCGCAAUACCCAAGGCAUUUCUCCCAGGACAAACGCAGGAUGCCCGCAGAACAAAUCCAUGCAGAAAGAUCUCACCAUUGCACCCACUGUGGGAGAACUUUUGUGAGAGCAUGUGACCUCAGGGCUCAUAUGUUGAUCCACAAAGGCAAGAAACCGUUGAACUGUCCUCAGUGCGAUCAGACGUUUGCUUACAACUUUGAGUUAAGGGUUCACCAGCAGCAUCACUCCGGGGAGAGACCUCACAUCUGUCCGCACUGCGGCAAGGCCUUCGCUCGGCUUAGCAACUACAGGCAACACCAGAACAUCCACACGCGGGAGAAACUCUUCAGCUGCACUCAGUGUGGGAUGAGGUUCAACCGUGCCACCAACCUGCGAGUUCACAUCAGAAGACACAGCCAUGCAGGGAAGACUUACAAUUGCCCUCAGUGCGGAAAGAGCUUUCUUGGUCCCAGGCAAAUGAAAACUCAUUUACUGAAAAUCCACGGAAGAGGUGGGAAGUAAUUCUAGCGGUUUUACACAAAACACUCGACUUUUAUGACUUCAUUUAAUUUUAAAUUCUCUUUUAAAUGAUUCUCUAUUAGUCUAAUGUUUACAUAUUAAUAUGAUCUUCUCUGUUCGAGAAUACGACAAAUUGAUCUACGAGAAUGGACACUCAUUUUUGAUUUCUGAAGUGCGGAGACAUUGUUACAUAUUGAUUCUGAAAGAUCAGAGCUCUAGGUCGGCCGAACUGCAGGUGGUAUCAGACACAGUAUCAGCGGUUAGAGCUCAAGAAGACGGAAGAUUCCUGCGACCUAAGCAGACCGCUGUCUUACCUUGACACCUCUUUACAAUCAUUGACAAAAAACAACACCUGGAAGUCUUAUGCAUGGGAAUCUUCUUUAAAGAAUACCUGUUGUGCAGGAAAAUAAGUCAACACUUUUUAAAGUUAAAGGAAUAGCUCACCCAAAAAUAAAUUCUCAUAAUUUACUCACUCUCGUGCCAUUCCAGAUGUACACGACUUCCUAUACUUAGGUAAUCACCAAUCAUUUGUAUAUCAUUUCAAACCAAUAUUUUAAGCUUAUCAAGUGACAGAAACAAGGACAUCCGAGUUCAAAUAUGGCGACACAUUCAUAACAUCCGUGUUUGACCCGUGAUGAAAUAUCAUGACAGUUAUUAUACUGUAUUUAUUAUAUUAAUAUAUUUUUAGCAGCCGUGUAAAUAACUUGAGUACGUUUACUCUCAAGGAGUGUUUUUACUUUGGAAAGAUAUAAAUUCCAUACAUUAUAUAGCAUAGCAUAUGCAGUAUCAUAGCUUUUACUCAACUUCAUUUGAUACUGUAGUCAAAAAAAUCUUAUAGUUAAAGGUAAAGCUAAAUAAAACAUGUAUUUUAUAUAUAAACAAAAUAUAUUUGGGAGUAAAAAGGUAUAAUAUAUGCUUUAUAAUUUAGUGAAGUAAAAUUUUCCCAAAGUAAAAACACAGUGAUAAAAAUACUUGAUAAUUGUACUUGAGUAAAAAUACUCAGGUACGUAACAUCUGAUAUUUAGCACUCUGAUGUGCUCUUUUGGUUUCAAAACUGAUAAAUAAGCUUAAUUUUUUCUCUCACACACACCUAUUGUUUUACUUCAUCAGAAAUUUUGUAAUCCUCUGAUGUUAUUUGUAUUUCUUUACAGAUGGACGGAUGUGCUUUUAAGUCCGAUGUGAACAUGACAUGUCGGCAGUUUAUAAUAAAGUAUUUGUUUGUGUUUAAAUAAAAUAAAUCUUAUACAUUUGGAAUGGCACAUUUAUUUUUGGGUGAAUUAUUCCUUUAAGAUUUCAGCGGUUACCUGAGUUUUCAAUACACAUGGCCUGCAUUUAUUAGCUGAGGUGAUUGCUUUACUUCAUCAGGAAUAUUUUUUUGUGGUAUUUCAAUGUAUAGUAGUGUAAAAUUGUGUAUUUAAUGUUGUUAUGUAUUCCCUUCAACAACAGCGUUGACCUAUUUUCUGAAGUAAAAAUGCUAUUAAAAAGCAAAUCAUUUUUUCCCUUUAUCUAUGGCACAGAAAUUGAUUGUGAAAGGAAUAGUUCACAAAGUUUGCAGUGGAAUUGUGUCUUUAACUCUUAAGAAUUAUUUAUAUAUAGUUUCAUCAAAAACGUGUCCUGACCAUAAUUUGGGAUUUGGCUCUUUUGACAAAAUCAAGGUGUAAAAACCCUUUAGUUUAAUGACUGCUACCAUGACUCCCCCACUGUGGCAUUUCAAUCCAUUUUCAUUAUAAAACUGUUCUUCAUGUCAUUCCUAAAAAGUCAUCUACCCCAAAUUUCUAUUUACUUUAGUCAAUGUCCUGUUCAGUGUUUUCGGAUGUUUGACAGUGCCAUUCCCUUAAGAUUCUUAAAUAAUCUGCUGUUUCUCAUGGAAAGGAACAGACUUAAUUUAUUUUCUAAAUAAAGUUUAUUAUCUGA